AUGAAGACGUCAAAGACGAAAAAACCUCACACCACGACAAUAUUACCCACUUCCACCACCACCACCGAGAUUACCUCUGAUUAUUUCAUCAUCGACACUACCGAGAUUAGUUCAAAAGAUUAUGCCACUGAUAUUCCGCAUCCCUUCUAUGGCGUUUAUGGCGAUAUUUAUCAAGCUAUCACCUACGAGGAUCUGGAUCUGUAUGUAGCAUCCAAGUACGACCCCAUGGUCUGCAAGAAGGGGCCCGGCGAUCAACAAUUUGGAGACCCGUCUCAGCUGGCCGAUUACAAAUGGGAUGGCACCCCGUUUCACACCUACCACCACGCCGAUGCAACGAAUAUUGCGAUAUCGAUGUUUGUGCUCGGCUUCAUCGGGGCGGCCUUGGCGACAGUCUCGGGCUUAUUGGUACUGAAAAAUCCAAAAAUCACGAGGAUCGUUAGCAUUGGAAUGAUCGCCGACGCGGGAUGCCGGAUUGUUAAUUCCUUGGCGCGGUUUUACUAUGGGAAAUGCGUGUUUGAUUGGCAAUGCCUAAAAAGCGAUGGAUACCCGUUAUCGGGAAUAAUGUUCAAUACCCUUAUAUCCACGUUAGAUUAUACUAGCUAUCUGUCGAUGAGCUUAUUGCAGCACUGGGUUUCGGGGAUACGAUUCUUUGCUGUCUACGACGGUGGUAUACAUUACAAGAAAGUUGAGAAAUUGUCGAGAUACUACAUUGCUGUGCUAUGUUUAUUACUCUGGAGUUAUUAUAUGUCGACUAUCGGCAACAUCUCCGAUCCAAAGAACGGGUAUCUAUGCUACACGGGGUAUCACUUUACUCCUGUGUACUACUGGCGAACAUGCCGUUUUUACAAAUCAGCUUUCUAUAAAACGCUUUUCGACCUGGUUCCGGAGAUUCUGAUGGUACUACAGGCCAUAACAUUGGCGCUGGAUAUCAUUGCCUUUAUCACAACUUGGAGAAAGAUGGAGGCCUCGCCUACAAAAAAUGAGGUAAACAUGCGGUUUGCGACUAUGCUUGUGGCAACAAAUUUGCUGAUAUUCGGCAAACAGUUGGUUGGCGCAGCAACGAAAUCGGUGACGUACCAGCCAAGGUCUACCUACUUGGCGUAUUCUGUGUAUGAAUUCAUGCACGGUGCAUUGAUAAGCUGCAUCAUCAUUACUUUCAACAUGUCAUAUAUCGACGUGAAAUCCAAAAAACUUCCCAUCGGCAGCUCGCUAUUACGAGGAGGCUCAAAUAGAACG